CAAAUAUCGACAUGCCGACCAUUCUGGUGACCGGGGCCGCCAGUGGCAUUGGCGCGGCCUUUGUUCAAGCGUAUCAGGCAGACUCUGGCAAUAACGUCAUCGCAGUGGACAGACAAAAUGUUGCGCACUCGCACAAUGUCGAAGCAAUCAGUGCAGAUGUUGGGGACGAGGAGUCCGUACGAGCCCUCGCCCAUCGGCUCAAGGACCGGCCGCUUGACCUCGUCAUUCACAGUGCGGGCGUGCGUGGGCUGGUGCCCGGAAUCGAGUUGAGCACACCAGGCAAUGUCGCUGCAUGCGAAACAAUGGACGUGAUGGACGCCGAGACUCUAACGAAGACACUCCAUAUCAACACAGUCGGGACGUUCCUCCUCCUGCGAGCAAUUGUCCCAAAUGUUCGCCUCACGAACGGCAAGGUUGUUGUCAUGAGCUCGAGAAUGGGUAGUAUUGGCAACAAUCAGCAUCCAAACAGAGCUGCCGGUUCUGCAUAUGCCUAUCGAGCUUCCAAAGCAGCGCAGAACAUGAUCGUGAGAUCGCUGGCGGCUGAUGAGCCAGACAUUGCCUUUGUAAUGUGUCACCCUGGCCGCGUCGAGACCAAGCUCGUGAAGUGGAGAGAGGACGAUGCGAUUAGCCCCCGUGAGAGCGUGGAAAGCAUGCUUCCGAUCAUUCAGCAGUGGACCAAGAAGGACACCGGGACGUUCUACGACAGAUUCGGCGAACGUAUCGAGUGGUAGAGAUGGUGCUUGGAGAUAGUAGCAUACAGUAGAAGUAGAACAGUCCAAGCAUAGAAUCACAGUGAAUGCACGGCGCGGCACCUGCC